CUAGCAUAUCCGCUUUAAUGCCUGACAAAGUUCACAACACAUAGCUGUCCAAUACAAAACCCAAGAUAUAUUUCAUUAAACCAUGAGUAGCUUGCACCUUUUCCUGAACAUUCAAUCGAACCAACGACAUUUCUUUGUAGCUAAACCAUGGAGGGGCUGGUGCUUGCUGGUCAUUGUUAAAUUUGCUAUGUUCCGAUACUACUACCACGUGCCUCCUACAUCUCUCUGGGACUUUGUCCGCCCCACAUACUGGCAUCCCAUGGCCAGCUUGGAGCAGUCGUUGAUGGACUUGGACGCCCUUGAACGCGACUCCCUCCUGCUGCCCCUGCACCACCCCCACCACCACCACCGCCACCUGCACCUCCGUCACUCGGCCGACGACGACGACGCCUUCUUCAAGGACCUGCCCCACGCGAAGGCGCCUGCCAACAACGACGCUACAUCACCUGCCACCACGGAGCCCGCGUCCAAUGACCCCUCUCACGCUGCUACUUCCGCUUCGAAACCCGUGUAUUCCAACUACUCGUACUCGAGCUCGUCCGUUGUGGACGACAAGGGCCGUCGGGUCCGUAGCGUCCGUCGCCGGUACGAAGACGCGAACGGACGACUCAAGGCCGUGCACGAGCGAGAGGUGGACGGCAAGACCCUUGUGACAACGUGGAACCGAGCCACCAAGGACGACGCUGGCACCCACGACACGAUCUGCUCGGACGGGGCCGUCGACGCCUUCGAAGCGUUGUGGAAGGACACGCCGUUUGCUAAGGCCCACCAAGCGGGGGAGGCGCUGCCGCCGUCUGACCAAACGAAGUCGGGGGAUGCGAACGAGGAAAAUCCGGCUGUCGAUACAGCGCAACAACCACGAGAUGUGGCCAUGUCCUAAGCCACCCCACCAUGCAUUUUACUUACUCUACACACGGUCGUUGACUUGCACUCUGAAUAGCAAUGCGAAUGGAGUAUUACAUAGUCUGCCCUUGCACUUUGAAAACCUCUUUUUACGAUCAAAAUAUAUAGUAUAUGUCUACGUUUGC